AUGAAUUAUGUCGUUCAAAAUAUGCGCUCCAUCAUCGCAAUUUCCCUCACUCUCCUUGCUCUCGCUUCCUCGAUCCACGCAUCACCUAAUGUAGCUGUUAACAUUGGCUCAGGACACAACAGCGACAGUGACAGCGCCGUACUUGUAAAAGAAAAGGUCCGCAAUGAUGUCUGGAACGAGGCUCCUCGUAUCAACAAUGAUUGGUCAGACAACAGACACCAGCGCAAUGGUGAGUACAACCAAGGUGGACGUGACUACGACCGUGGAUGGGGUAAUGACUACGGUUACGGAGGUGGAUCCCGCGGUCACGGAAGAUAUAAGCGUGAGGCUGAUAAGCCCAAGAAAGUCUGGGAUGGUGUCGUUCACGAAAAUUACGAGGAAUGGAAGAAGCAACAGCAGCAGCAAGAACAACAGGAGCAACAGGGACAGCAACAACAACAGAAGCGCGGCAUUCACAAGCGUGGACAGAACAAGAUGGCAGCCAAGGCUAGAAGGGCAGCCAAGAACUAAGUUUCUCAAAUCGUUUAAAUAGUUUUAUAUACACAUACACACAUAUAUAUAUCUAUACCGAUCUUAGAGAUACUGUAGCCCUUCUUAUUCCUCUUUAUCGUUUCUUUUUUAUUUUUUUCUUCUUUUUUCUUGAUACCAAGGUAUUAUCGCUGAUUUUUAUAUUUUUGUAAGAAUCGAUAAUAUUUAAUACAAAUGUUAUUGAUUUUUGUCUCUUAAACCUUUUCAUAUUUGUUAAUUAUUGACAGCUAUAUAUUCAUCAAUAAUGAUAACGGUAAUAAUAAAUUGUGUUGAAAUAACCAAAG